AUGUGGGCGGGAAGGGUUUGCAUUUUCUAUGCUCUCUUGAAGGCUGGUCUUGCUGGAUCUCCUUCUAACCCAAUUGUCUCAGAUUUGGAGAGUGGAGCUGAGGAUUUUGGUUUCUCCAGGUGGAUUGAGGAGUUACAGAGUGGACCGGAAAAGGAUGCUGCCGAAAGAAGAAAACUUGUGAGCAAAUGGCAUCCGACAACAAAGGGUACCCUUAGGCGCAACUACAGGGUCCCCUCCAAGUUCGAAGGGAGGCGUCUUCUAAAGUCCAUUGCUUCUUUACUCUCGGAUGAUGAUCACUUUAGAGAUGCCACGUCCCACAAGGGCUGUCAAAUUAGGAGGGAAAAUGCUCAUGGAGAAAGUGUAUGUUGUAACAAUGUUAGAGCUUUGUUUGACGAGCUCCCAACACCACACUUGAUAGUCGAAAUCUCACCUUUUCCUGCCGGUCCUCUUAGCGACAAUGAUUAUGCAAAGGCUGAGAAACUUGAAAGGGUGCUCAGAUCAGGUCCUUCUGUUUAA